GCCCCUGUCGGUCGCGGCGCGUGCGCGGUGCGGAGGCUCUGACCUUCAGCCGGGCGGCAGCAGCCAGCAGCGGGGAGAGGCGUCGCCAUGUUCUCCCGAGGAGCCGCGGUGCUGCUCUACCAGCCGCAAUGGGGCCAAGUCAGGAAUAUGGCCACUUUAAAAGACAUUACCAGGCGUUUAAAGUCCAUCAAGAAUAUCCAGAAGAUUACAAAGUCCAUGAAGAUGGUUGCUGCAGCGAAGUAUGCCAGAGCCGAGAGGGAACUGAAACCAGCUAGAGUGUAUGGAGUAGGAUCUUUGGCUCUCUAUGAGAAAGCAGAAAUUAAGGUCCCCGAAGACAAGAAGAAACACCUCAUUAUUGGUGUGUCCUCUGAUCGUGGUCUUUGUGGUGCUAUCCAUACCUCUGUUGCUAAAGCCAUAAAAACUGAAAUUAGCACCCUCUCAGAUGCAGGGAAAGAGGUCAUGGUGGUUGGAGUGGGUGACAAGUUAAGAGGCCUGCUUCAAAGAACACACAGUAACCAUUUCCUGGUGACAUUCAAAGACGUGGGAAGGAAGCCCCCCAGCUUUGGAGAUGCUUCAGUGAUUGCCUUAGAGCUGCUAAAUUCUGGAUAUGAAUUCGAUGAAGGAUCUGUCAUCUACAAUCGAUUCAGGUCUGUCAUCUCCUACAAGACAGAUGAAAAACCUUUCUACUCUCUUGAUACAGUUGCUGGUGCUGAAAGCAUUAGUAUCUAUGAUGAUAUUGAUGCUGACGUGCUGCGAAACUACCAGGAGUUUACAUUAGCAAACAUCCUCUUCUACUCUCUGAAGGAAUCCACCACCAGCGAGCAGAGUGCCAGAAUGACUGCUAUGGACAACGCUAGCAAAAAUGCUUCUGAGAUUAUUGACAAAUUGACCUUGACAUUCAACCGUACCCGUCAAGCUGUCAUCACCAAGGAGCUUAUUGAGAUCAUUUCUGGUGCUGCUGCUCUGGGAUAAUCGGAAAGCAAGUUUCAGCCAAAGUCAAGAGGUAAAGAAACGAGGAGCUAUUCUAGAGAGUUGGUUUAACCUGCUUAUAUCCAUGUUGAUAAAACUGUUGGUCCAUCAUUCUGUGAAGAAUUAAUGGGGAAAACCUGAAAAUAUUUGUAAAUUAUCUUACAAUAAACCACCUACAUGAAACAAA